GCGCGGCCGUGGGGCGCUCGAGAACUUUUUUCCGGCGAUCGGCGCGCGCGAUCGAGGACUCUUGGAGAUUCGGCCAUUCAUCAAGGCCCCCGAGAUAACGGCGGGGCUUUUGGCACUGUCGAGGAACGGCCUGGGCGAGGGUGCAAUAACCCGUGGGUGCGCGACGCACGCACGCACGUAACAUUCCCUGGCACGGGCAUCCGUCGUCCCGGUCCUCUCGUCUCGUCUCGUCUCGUCCCGUCUCGCUCGUCCCCCCGCGCUUCGAUUUAUAUUUCUGAACGGUGCCGAAGGUGCGCGUUCUGCAACGCCUUUGUCGAUGACGUUAGAGAGAUACAGUCGCGUGGUUGCAGUCUUCUCUUUCGCUCCUUUCGUUUCUGAGAACCCGGCGAAAAAUGGAACGAUGAUUUUCUUUUCUUCCGAUGCGACAAAAAUCGCGCGCCGAUCUACGGAGAUCGCGAAGGCGGAUAGAGAUAUGCGAUCUACAUGAUUGCAUCUCUCUGUUCUCGAAAUUAAUUAAUAAGAUUCUUUAAAUUAAGGGAAUUUUUAUUUGAAAUUUAUACUAUUUUAAAAUUAAUAAUUUUUUUUUUAAUUUAUGCAACAGAUAUGUGAAGAGAUAUAAACGAGACAUUGUAUUUCGCGCCUCUUCCUCAAGAUAUAACACGUAGUACUCUCCGCUCUAUGCCGAGGUCGCCACAAUUUUUAUAGUUAGAAACCAAAAAUUCUCCCCUCCUCCUAGGGGAUUCCCGCCAGCGCUCGUGUCAUUCUUUAUCUUUGUGCCGAGAUAGUCAUAUCGCCAGUGCAUUUUCAAGGAAAAAAUAAGGAAAAAAUGGGAAAAAGGAAGCACAAGAGCUCACGUUCAGACGAUGAAUCCAAGGAAAAUAAAGUAAACAAAAAAAUGAGGCGUUUAUCGAAGGAAUUAAGGAAAUUAAAAAACAUAAUACAGAAAGGUACAAGAAACAAUGAGUCAAAGGCAGAGAACCGGGGUCAACAAGAAUCAACUAAAAAAGCAGACUUGAGGAGUUUAUCGAGAAGCCCCUCAUGUACUCCUCCAAAUUCUCUGUUAGAAUUUUCGGAGGAUUAUCAACACUCGCCUUUGACAAAUGACGAGAUCAUGGUUAACCCAACGAAAGUUAAUUCAGCGGUUGUAAUGCAAAACCAUGAUCCCAACGGUGUUGCUACAACGCAAUCAAACAUCUCUAAUGAAGGUCAACUGACACCUAAGGCCGGAGAAAAUUCAGCUCCUCCAAAUAACCAGGAAGCUGACGUUUCCACACAGGGAAACGAGGUCGUCAUCGAAGACCUGGACAUAGAAAUUCUAGAAGCUAUCGGCAAACGAGUAGCGGAAGAUAGAGUGCUAGCUCCUUCAAUUCCAAAAAGCAUCGCCGUUCGAUUGGAGGACAUUUUAAAAAAAGGUCUUCCAAAAGAAGAAAAGGAAAAAUUAAUAAAGGAACACGCACCACCAAAAAAUUGCACAUUGAUAGAUCCUCCCAAAUUAAAUGACGAAAUUAAAGUUUCUGUAAUGGAAACAACCACGAAAAGGGAUGAUCGCAUAAUAGAAAAGCAAAAAAAAUUACAGCUUGUCUUGCCCUAAUGGGAAGUGCCAUAGUGGAUAUCAUUAACAGUAAUAAAACAGAGAGAGAAAAUCCAAAAUUACCCCCCACUCAAAUUGAAUUAAUUAAGAAGAUCAGCGAGGCUACUCGAUUAUUAGCAGAUCUGCAGAGAGAUGAGACCCUGACUCGCAGGAGCCUAAUCCUUGCUGUCAUUAAUAGCUCUCAGAAGGAAGUCUUACAAUCAUCAACGGCGGAUGAAUGGCUCUUUGGCCAGAAGUUGGGCGAUCGUUUAAAGGCGGCAAAAUCAAUUGAACGAUCGAGUAAGGAUCUGAAGGCGAACCCUAAAAACACUAAGAAAACAAAAAACUUCAAGGCCCCGCCUCGACGUCAACCCUUCAAACCCAAGACGUCAGGCGGGUAUCGAAACAAAAGUUACAAUCGAAACCAUCCCAACAAGAAAAAUUGGGGAGGUCAGAACGAGGAAAAUCGCAGCAGUCCCAAAUCACAAACUCCAGCACAACAGAAGAAAUCACAAAAUUAAGUGACAUGCUUCCCUGACAGGUUGGGGAAUUUCAUGUGAAAAUAUUAAAACACAUGGACAUUGGAAUGAAGCCGAAAAGCUGCAUCAUAUAAACUAUUUAGAACUUUUAUCAGCUUUCUUCGGACUUAAAUGUUUUGCCAAAGAACUUAAAAAUUGCAGUAUCUUAUUAAGAAUUGAUAACACCACUGCGAUUUCAUAUAUAAAUCGAAUGGGCGGUAUUAGAUUCAAAAAACUUAGUGAUCUCGCAAAAGCUAUAUGGAAGUGGUGUGAAGAACGCGAAAUAUUUGUCUUCGCAUCCUACAUUUCUUCGAAAGAAAAUGUGGAAGCUGAUUUAGAAUCUAGAAGAUUGAAUAACGAAACGGAGUUUGAGUUAUCAAAUGCAGCUUUUCGGAAAAUUACUAAUACAUUUGGUUAUCCCGAUAUAGACUUGUUUGCAACAAGAAUUAACGCGAAAUGCAAAAAUUAUGUCUCAUGGACAAGAGAUCCGGAUGCUAUGGCAGUCGACGCUUUUACUAUAAGCUGGAACAAAUUUUUUUUUUACGCAUUUCCACCAUUUGUGUUAAUUAUUAAAGUUUUACAAAAGAUAAAAUCUGAAAGAGCAAGAGGGAUAAUUGUAGUGCCAGAUUGGCCAACACAACCAUGGUACCCCUUGUUCGCCUCAAUGCUAAAAACGGAACCGUUAAUAAUUAAACUCAAUAAUAAAACUUUACUUUCACCUGACAGGAAGCCACAUCCUCUGUGGAAAUCUCUUACCCUGGUGGCCGGGAAAUUAUCAGGAGAGCUUUCAUGGCAAAGGGCAUUCCGGAGAAAUCCAUAACGAUUUCUAUAGCUUCCUUAAGCGACUCUUCCUUAAAACAGUAUGAUUACGCAUUAAAAAAAUGGUGGUUAUAUUGUAAGGAAAAAAAUUUGCCCAUUUAUGACGCAAAAAUAGUAGAUGUAGUAAAAUACUUAACCGAAGAAUAUGAUAAGGGAGCGUCUUACGGUUCUCUAAAUAGCAUGCGAUCGGCCAUUUCACUGAUUAUAGACCCGGAGGUAGGACAGAAUGAAAUUAUUAAAAGAUUCUUUAAAGGAAUAUCAAAGUUAAGACCCCCGGAACCAAAAUAUGAAUCCACAUGGGAUCCAGGAAUAGUCCUUGAUUAUUUUGGAGACUUACGAAAUGAGGACUUAACCCUAGAUUUGUUAAGUAAAAAAUUAAUAACAUUGCUAGCACUAGUAACAGGUCAUAGAAUCCAGACCUUAUCUUUAAUAGAUAUAAGAAACAUAAUUGUUAAAGUUAGCUUAAUAGAAAUUAAAAUUCCGGAGAGAAUUAAAACUUCUAAACCCGGGAGAAGUCAGCCUGUACUAAUUUUACCGUUUUUUAAGAAAAAUCCGAACAUUUGUCCAGCAAAAA